GGCGGGGCGAGGGCGGGGUCGGGCCAGCUCCGGGGCGGGGCUUAAAUGUGGGCGGGGCCUCCCCGAGUUCCGGAGUCGAGUCGCUGUCUGGGCCGGAGCGGAGAUGCAGCCGCCGCCCCGAAAAGUGAAGCCGGCCCAGGAGGUGAAGCUUCGCUUCCUGGAGCAGCUGAGCAUUCUUCAGACCCGGCAGCAGAGGGAGGCAGAUCUGCUGGAGGAUAUCAGAUCCUACAGCAAGCAGAGGGCAGCCAUUGAGCGGGAGUAUGGGCAGGCACUCCAAAAACUGGCUGGGCCAUUCCUGAAGAGGGAAGGACACCGGAGCGGGGAAAUGGACAGUAGACCCUCUCUGGGGAGAGGCAGGAUGGUGUUUGGUGCCUGGAGAUGCCUGCUGGAUGCCACCAUGGCUGGGGGCCAAGCCCGGCUCCAGGCGUCUGACCGCUACCGGGACCUGGCAGGGGGCACGGGGCGGAGUGCCAAGGAGCAGGUGCUUAGGAAGGGAGCAGAGAACCUCCAGAGGGCUCAGGCUGAGGUGCUGCAGUCUGUCCGGGAGCUAAGCCGAAGUCGGAAGCUGUAUGGGCAGCGGGAACGCGUGUGGACCUUGGCACAGGAGAAGGCGGCUGAUGUCCAGGCCAGGCUGAACCGAAGUGACCAUGGCCUCUUUCACACUCGGACCAGUCUCCAGAAACUCAGCACCAAGCUGUCUGCUCAGUCGGCCCAGUACUCCCAGCAGCUGAGAGCAGCCCGAAAUGAGUACCUGCUCAACUUGGUGGCCACCAAUGCCCACCUGGACCACUACUACCAGGAAGAACUGCCAGCCCUGCUCAAGGCCCUGGUCAGUGAGCUGUUGGAGCACUUGAGGGAUCCUCUGACCUCACUGAGCCGCACUGAGCUGGAAGCUGCAGAGAUGGCCCUGGAGCAUGCGCGCCGCGGGGGGCAGGCAACCUCCCAGGUAAGCUGGGAGCAGGAUCUGGAGCUCUUUCUUCAGGAGCCCGGAGUAUUUUCCCCCACCCCACCUCAGCAGUUUCAGCCAGCAGGGAAUGAUCAGGUGUGUGUCCUGGAGCUGGAGGGAGGCGCAGGUGGCGUGGCUGGGGAGAGUGGCCUGGAGAAAGAAGUUCAGCGCUGGACGAGCCGCGCUGCCCGAGACUACAAGAUCCAGAACCACGGGCAUCGGGUGCUGCAGCGGCUGGAGCAGAGGCGGCAGCAGGCUCUGGAGCGAGAAGCUCCGGGCAUUGAACAGCGGCUGCAGGAAGUGAGGGAGAGCAUCCGGCGGGCACAGGUGAGCCAGGUGAAGGGGGCUGCCCGGCUGGCCCUGCUGCAGGGGGCUGGCCUGGAUGUGCAGCACUGGCUGAAGCCAGCCAUGACCCAGGCCCAGGACGAGGUGGAGCAGGAGCGACGGCUCAGUGAAGCCCGGCUGUCCCAGAGGGACCUCUCUCCCACGGCUGAGGAUGCUGAGCUCUCUGACUUUGAGGAAUGUGAGGAGACUGGGGAGCUCUUUGAGGAGCCUGCCCCACAAGCCUUGGCCACCAGGCCCCUCCCCUGCCCUGUGCAUGUGGUGUUUGGCUAUCAGGCAGGACGUGAGGACGAGCUGACCAUCACAGAGGGCGAGUGGCUAGAGGUCAUAGAGGAGGGAGACGCUGAUGAAUGGGUCAAGGCUCGGAACCAGCACGGUGAGGUAGGCUUUGUCCCUGAGCGGUAUCUCAACUUCCCGGACUUCUCCUUCCCUGAGAGUGGCCAUGACAGCGACAAUCCCUUGGGGACAGAGCCCACAGCCUUCCUGGCCCGUGCCCUGUACAGCUACACAGGACAGAGUGCAGAGGAGCUGAGCUUCCCCGAGGGGGCGCUCAUCCGCCUGCUGCCCCGGGCCCAGGAUGGAGUGGAUGAUGGCUUCUGGAGGGGAGAAUUUGGGGGCCAUGUUGGGGUCUUCCCCUCCCUGCUGGUGGAGGAGCUGCUCGGCCCCCCAGGCCCAUCUGAACUCUCAGACCCUGAACAGAUGCUGCCGUCCCCUUCUCCUCCCAGCUUCUCCCCUCCUGCACCCACCUCUGCCUUGGAUGGUUCCUCUGUACCUGUCCUGCCCAGGGAUCAAGACCUGGACUGCCCUGGACCCUUGGACAUGAUGGCACCUAGACUCAGGCCGAUGCGUCCACCGCCUCCCCCACCAGCUAAAGCCCCGGAUCCUGGCCACCCAGAUCCCCUCACCUGAAGCCAGGGGGAAUCACUGUCCCCCAGUGAUGCUGCUGCCCCCAUCUCCGUGCUAUCAGAGACCUCCCCCUCCCAAUGAUCUGGAGCGACACAGCCAAAAGCUGGAAUCUCCUCCAUUUCCAUUCUCACCUUCAGGGGUAGAAAUUUCCCCUAUCCCCAUUUCUGGGGCUGGAACCCACUCCUUUUUUCCCAUCAUCCUCCUGCCAUCUCUAGGGCUGAAACUACCCUCCUUUCUCUUCUGCUACCACCCCAUCUCUAGAGAGGUGGAAUCUCUUGAAAUCUCUGGGGCUGGAAUUCAUCCCCCAGAGUCUUGAGUGGCUCUGGCUCAUCUGUGUCUCCACCCUGGUUCUGUAAACCACCCCUAGUCCAGAUGCCAGAGCCACUGGGGUUGGGGGUGGGGACAGGGUCAGGCCUGUCAGAAGGAGCUGAAGCCAGUAUGCCAAGCAGUUGUAAUGGUCUGAGCGGAUUUAUUGACAGUGAAUAAAGGGCACGAAGCCCAAGCCAGGG